UGCUUGCUGUAGUCUUGCCGGUGUUCCAAGAUGGCGGGUACCAGUCUGGUGGCCGGGGAGGUGGUGGUUGAUGCUCUGCCCUAUUUUGAUCAAGGGUACGAUGCUGCCGGAGUGCGAGAGGCGGCUGCAGCUUUGGUUGAAGAGGAGACUAGAAGGUACCGUCCUACCAAGAAUUACCUGAGUUACUUACCAACUCCAGAUUACUCUGCUUUUGAGACUGAAAUUAUGAGGAAUGAAUUCGAAAGGCUGUCAGCUCGGCAGCCAAUUGAGCUUCUCAGCAUGAAGAGGUAUGAGUUGCCUGCACCAUCCUCUGGGCAGAGGAAUGACAUCACAGCAUGGCAAGAAUGCGUCAACAACUCAAUGGCUCAGUUGGAGCACCAGGCAGUCCGUAUUGAGAAUCUAGAGAUCAUGUCUCAGCAUGGCUGCAAUGCAUGGAAAGUUUAUAAUGAGAACCUUGUGCACAUGAUUGAAUCUGCUCAAAAAGACCUUCAAAAGUUAAGGAAGCGUAUUCAAGACUUGAACUGGCAAAGGAAGAACUCUCAACUUACAUCAGGGGCAAAACUGCGAGAGAUGGAAUCAAAGUGGGUAUCCCUUGUGAGUAAGAACUACGAGAUAGAACGAGCAAUUGUACAUAUGGAGAAUGAAAUUCAUCAAUUUAAGCAGAACGACGGGGAGAAUAAAGAAAAUAUCCAAGAUUAUUAACCUGCCGUCCCAAAAGGACAUUUUCCAUUAUUGCCCAGGACAUCCAAUUCAUUUUGCCCUUCUGUUCAUUGGCUCACAGACCAUGACUAAUGAUUAGUGUCUCUGCUACCAUUCAUUGAUCUAGUUUGGCACUGCACCAUCUAUUCUCAAGCUCCAAGACUGACAUUCAUUUAUUGUGUUUAAUUAGAAGUUUUAAGCCUUUUCAUUACUUGGGAGCUUUCAAAGAGCUAGCCAUUAAAAUCAUUUUCCUAAAGGCCACAAAGGAUUCUGCUUAAUAUGUCCUGCAAGCUUGGACCUUGUUGCGUUGCUGGAAAACAAUGCAUUAUGUACUGGACUAGAAUUAAUUCUCUGUAAAUCUGCAGUUUUAUUUGGAUUUUUUUUUUUUUUUUUUUUAAUAUGGUAUGAAUAAAAGUAUUUUUUUUUUCCCAGUAAGUUCGCAAGACCUUUAAUGUAAGUUUGGUUAGAGAACAUUAGUCGGUGAAAUUGUUUGUAAUGAAAUCUAUUUCUAUAUGCUUUUGUGAUUUGUGCUGGGAUUAUUUUUGCAAUCGCUCUUCUGUUUUUUU